AUGGUGAGAAUACAGGGGAUGAUGGCUGACAGUCGGUGCUGGCUCUCGAGCGUGUGGCUUCUGCUGACCCUGCUGUACUCUUUUCACUGUGUGGCAGACUGCUUGGUGCCAUAUGACCAUAACAACAGAGGAAACUUGGAAAUACACAAACGAGAUGUUUCUAGAGGCGGGCCUGUCAGACUGGUGAAUGGAAAUAAAGCUUGUGAAGGUCGCCUGGAGAUCUUGUACGAGGGAGAAUGGGGCACUGUGUGUGAUGACGACUGGGACAUGGUAGAUGCCAGUGUGGUGUGUCGCCAGCUAGGAUGUGGACAACCUCAAGCCAAACGCACUACGGCAUAUUUUGGUCCAGGAACAGGUCCAAUCCUGAUCGAUAACGUGGAAUGCGAUGGAUUCGAAGCUGAACUUGGCCAGUGCAGAAAUGCGGGAUGGGGUGUUCACAAUUGCUCCCAUUAUGAGGAUGUUGGUGUUCAGUGUAAAGAAAUGCCAUCGAGGGGGAAGGAUUUUGGAGAGUUCACCACCCCAUGGCCCACUUCAGCUGGACUUGGUGUGUCCAAUGGUGAUAUUCGCCUUAUGAAUGGGAGCCAUGAGUGCGAGGGCCGGGUGGAGAUCUUCUACAAUGGCGUUUGGGGAACAGUGUGUGAUGACGACUGGUCCAUGAAUAACGCACAUGUGGUGUGCUGGCAGCUGAACUGUGGGGUGGCUCUCGCUUAUCGUGACAGGGCAUAUUUUCAACGAGGAACUGGGGAAAUCUUCUUGGACAAUGUGAACUGCUACGGAUAUGAGGAUAAGUUAGAAAAAUGCCCACACUUAGGCUGGGGCACACACAACUGUGGCCAUCAUGAGGAUGCUGGUGUGACUUGUGCUGGUUAUAAAACAACACAACCAAGUGAAACUGGAGUCACAGCAGUUACAGACCAAGUUACUGUGACUAACAAUGCAAAUACAAUAACUUCACCAACCAUUGCUACUUCCACGCCUAACACCUCUCCUCCAACUACUGCCUCCUCUACUGCCUCCUCUACUGCCUCCACUACUAAUGCCGCCACUACUACUGCUGCCACUACUACUGCUGCCACUACUACGGAUACCAUCAUUGCUUCCACUACAACUAUUGCCCCUACUACCACCAGUGCUGCUACAACUCCUAAUAUUCCUACUACCACCAUUGCUCCCACUACCACCACUAAUGCUCCUACUACCACCAGUGCUGCUACUACUACAAUCCCUGCCAUCUCCGCCACUACUGGUACCUCUGCUACUACAGGUAAAUCCGGUGGCAACAGAGAUCUUUUUCCCUCCUCAGCUACUCCCACAGCCACCACAAUUACCACAAAAGCACCUACCACUGUUAAGUUGCCAGCACCUAUUCGAUUGGUGAAUGGUGCUGAUAGAUGCCAGGGCAGAGUGGAAAUCAUGUACUUGGGCAAUUGGGGCACAGUGUGUGAUGACGGCUGGCAGUUAGAUAAUGCUGUGGUAGUGUGUAAACAGCUCCAGUGUGGUAGUGCUGUUGCGGCCCUGAGCCAGGCUGCUUAUGGGGCUGGUGUUGGUCAGAUCUGGUUGGACAACGUGCAGUGCCGUGGGACUGAGGCAGGCCUGUCUUUCUGCUCACACUUGGGCAUAGCACAACAUAACUGUAAUCACAAUGAAGAUGCUGCAGUCAUCUGUAACAUGAGUGAAAUAUCACAUCAAUCUGGGGAACUUGCUCAUAACUUGGCAGCACCAGGAGUACUGACUCCUAAACCAGUGACAACAGCUCCUCCAACCACACCUCCCUCAGGAACUCUUAGGCUUGUUGGUGGGCACCAUUCCUGUGAGGGGCGUGUAGAGGUGUACCUCCAGUAUGAGUGGGGUACAGUGUGCGAUGAUGCAUGGGACCUCCCGGAUGCACAAGUGGUUUGUCGUCAGGUGGGCUGUGGUCAGGCUGUAGAAGCCGUGCCACAGGCCAGGUUUGGGGCUGGGACUGGAACAAUCCAACUGGACAAUCUCAAGUGCUUGGGCUCAGAAAGCUCUUUAAUGAAAUGCUCCUACAUACCAUGGAACGUGCACAACUGUGACCACAGUGAAGACGCUGGUGUAGUCUGCCAGAUGCUGUGACCUAAUCAGAACCACUCUCAGCCGUGACUCCAGACUGGUGUGCCAAACU